AUGUCGGACAAGGUUGAGGCUGGCCCCAACGACAUGGCCCCUAAGCCUAGCUUUGGUGCCCGCGUCAAGGCUAGUUUCAAGAGGUUUUGGUGGCUAUAUCUGGGCAUUUUCAUUGCAGUUGUGCUCGUUAUCAUCUUGCCUGUCAUCUACGUCGGCUACCCCAACAUCGCCCAACGCGAAGUGAACAGAUCCACCCUCACCAUCAACUCCAUGGAAAUCACCGACCCGACCCCAGACUCCUUCCGCAUCAAAGUUGACCAGACCAUCGGCUCUAAGUCCAAGUUCCACCCCCAACUCGACGCCUUCAACGCCACCAUCGCCACUGCUGGCAGCGGGAAGCCCUUCAUCACCCUCGAAGUCCCCCCUGUCAAGGCCUCCGAUGGCGCCAAUGCCGUGAUUGACCAGAUCGUCAUGCCUGAUCUGGAGUCCUUCACGGACUACUCCAUCCAGGUUAUGAAGUCCGAGACCGUUGAUCUUGAGAUCACAGGCAGGACAGGCUUGAAGGAGGGUUCUCUGCCGAAGACGACGGUGGAUUACCACAAGGUUAUUACCAUGAAGGGCCUCAAUGCACUCAAGGGCUUCGAAGUGAAACACUUCGAACUCGCCUCCAAGCAACCCGACGGAAGCAACAUGAUUGGUGAAGUCUUCAUCCCAAACCCCAGCGUCCUAACCCUCACCUUGCUUCCUGAUGAACGAAUAAAGUAG